UUCAGCUGCACCACAGUUUGGUGUCGCCUGUUCUUCGGAAGCUUGUACAAUCUGUUAUAAAGGAUGCUGCUCAUCUUCGUGGCUUUCAGCCUGUGGCUGCCUGUCCUGGGCCAGCAGGGGGGCGACGAGUGGCUGGACCCCUAUGAUAUGAUCAACUACGAUGCGAGUACAAAGACCAUGAGGAAGUCCUCCCAGACAACGAACUAUGACAACGUUGCCACCAAAAGAAGAGAGUACACCCAGGACUCAGACCAGGCAGAGCUGCUGUCCUGUACCAGACAGGUGGCGGAGCUGCAGAGGCGGGUUGAGGACCUAAAGAAGACAACCCCUCAUUUCUCUCAGCAGUCUACCUGCAAUCCAGUAUUUAAGAGAUUCCUCAACAGACUCCUAAAAGAAAUUUCGAGAGUUGGUGUGCCCAGUGACUCCACUGAUGUUUUUUAUGAUGCCAAAAUCAAACUCUCCAAACAAGCUAUCACAGAGAUUCAGGCUCUUCUGGAGGGCGAAGACCGCUGGAGAACAGGAGCGCUCGAUAAUGCCAUCAGCCAAAUCCUGGUUGACCUGAAGCCACAUGAUCACAUCGCCUGGAAGUGGCGUUUUGAGGACACCUUUGGUGUGGAGCUAGACACAGUAUUAAAAAUGGGAGUGGCUGUGCUGAUUAUGGUGGCCAUCAUGUGCACUCAGAUGUGGUCCACAGUCUCCUGGUUUGUGCAGUUCAGUCGACUGUUCGCUGUGUGCUUCUUCCUCAGCAUCAUCUGGAACUGGUUUUAUCUGUACAAGAUUGCCUUUGCUGAGCACCAAAGCAAGAUUGUGAAGAUGGACACUUUCAAUGAAAAGUGCACUGGAGUGAAAAAAAUUGACUGGAGUGACAGUUUGAAAGAGUUGUUUAGAAGCACAUUAACUCUUCAGGAUGACCCUUGUAAAAUGUAUUAUGAAGUCCUUUAUAUCAACCCGAUUCUGCUGGUGCCUCCAACCAAGGCGAUGUCCGUCACCAUCACAACCUUCAUCACUGAGCCGAUGAAGCACUUCGGCCAGGGCAUCAGUGAGUUUCUGCGAGCUCUACUCAAAGAUCUGCCCAUCACCCUCCAGAUUCCCGUCCUUUUCACCAUCAUUUUCUCCAUUGUGGUGUGCAUGUAUGGAAGUGUGCAGUCGGCCUUUCAGUAUGGCAUCAUGGCACCUCUGCGCCGUCCUCGAAGGGAUCCUCCUCCACCGGAGCUGGAUCAGCGACCGCCUCCUCCCCUGAGGAAUGAGCACCAAAACCAGUCGGCAGGGGGAGAUUUGCCUCCACUAGCAGGUGAACGUCCAGCUCUGCCACAGCGUGAUCCAGGCCACGGAGCUGCGGAGGCCAGAUCACGCAGGAAUCUAGUCCAUCAGAGGAGGCCCAACAAGGUGCAGACCAGCGUUCCCGUGAAGACGCUACGACCCGUUGACCCUCUGUACAGCGAGGAUGAGACGGAUGCUGCGCAUCGUGAGGAGAAUCCAGAGGUGGAAGAAGAUCUUUACAGAUCAUUAGGUGAAGAAAACCAACAGGAGGCUGCAGAGGUGCUCGAAACACCCACUGUUGGAAAGGCUGCUAAAAGCGCCUCUCCGACGAAAACUAAACCUGCUGAGUCAGAUUCAUCCAGAUCAGAGAAAAAGCCAUUAAAAGAAAAUGAUAAACUUUCUCAAGAUGAACUCAGAAGAGACAGUACAGUAGCCACAUCUCAGCCAGCAGAGAAACAGCCAUCGCAUGUUGAUAUUCAGGACCCUGCAGCCAAGACGUCCUCCAUCUCAGUGGCGCCUGUUGAAACUGUUGGCGUUCCUGUUCAUGAGAUGAAUUCGACCUGAGCGGAGUGAACUACGUUUACGCUGAUCAAAUCAGCAACAUUAGCAUGGUUGGUUUUCGGGAAUUGUGGACUUUUUCUGUGGACCAUGAUGGGUGCUAACUGCACUCCAUGUACCAACCAACACUUUCUAUAUAUUAUUUGAAAGUAAUUAUUUUGAAGCUGAAAACUCUCAGAUGAAUCUGCUUAAUUUCGUUUACAAGGACAUAAACUGUUCAGUCAAACAGCAGCCAAAGUAAAACCAAUACCAGGACAGCGUGACUUAUGGAAAACAGCAGUGUUCUCCCACUCUGGUGUUUUAGUGUCUUUGUAAUGUUGACUUUAAGAAACAAUCAUGGUCUGUCAGGGAUGUCUGGUUAAUUUUGGCGGUGAAGAUCCUGUAAACUUUAAUGUUUCUAAUUUACAGUACAGAUCAAGAGACUUACAGUGUUACUGUAACAUCACAUGUUUGCUUGUUUUCUGUGAAGAGUGUCAAAUAAGACCUGCAGUCACAUACAACAUGUCUUAUCCCUGCAGGACAUACAAAGACAAAACGAACACUUUUUACAGGCCUUUUGCAUACUCGAGUCGGCACACACUAAACAACACUGCUGUAUAGUGUUGCUUUUUAUUUGAGGUUUGUGCAUUCAUGUGUUUCAGUGUGACAAAGGAAAUAAAAUUUUAAUUGUCCGACUCUGUUGCGCGGCCCUGCACAAGGUGAGUAUCUACACAGCAAAAACUGGAGUGUUGAAAUUUCAGGGUUAAAUUUUCUGAGUUUAUUUAAGCUCCUAGAAUGUUAUUUUGCAGAAGAGAAGUGGGGUAGGAUCUGGUCAGUACAUGGAUAGGAGACUGUAAGGGUGAAUGUAGUGUGAGAGUGAUUGGUGGUGGCCGAAGGGUUCGAUGGUGCAGUUUGGCAGCCUUGUUUCCAUCAGUCCACCCCAGGGCAGCUGUGCUUACAGACGGAGCUUACCACCAUUGAGUAUGGAAUGAUGAGCAUUGCCAUUGUAAAGCAAAUUUGAGGGUCCAGAAAAGCUCUACAUAAAACUAAUACAUUAUCAUCGUUUGACAGAGUUGAUCACAUGGAUGCAGUUUUGUACUAUCAGUGUUACUUUGACUCUGUGGAGUCAUCUUAGCUGUCUGUGGUGAAACGUACUCUGCCUUCUCCUCAAGUAGCAGCAUCCCUGAAUGGGCCAGCCGGUAAAGAAAAUGAGUCGAAUAUAAUCAAAUCUUUUUUGAACGAGUUUUUUCAGCAGUUAUAAGUGUAGACAACAUGACACGAGUUAUAAAAGCAAACCACCAGAAUAUAUGGUGAGGAAAAAAUAUCUCAACAGUGUUACUUCUUAAUUUAGCUGUUUAUAGAGUUUAUGGUGUAACUCUGGCACAGUCUUAAAUGCUUAAGUGUUUCCAAAGUGUUAAUUUAAAUGUCAAAAGUGUGAAGCAAUAUAAACCCAAAGAAAGUGCAGAAAUCAACUCUGUGGGAGUGAAUUCAGCACUCGGGUUUUUGCUGUGUACUCACCGGUUUGUGCGUUAACUUUAAUGCUGUUUAAAACAGCAAAAAUGCUUGUUUUAAAAAUGUGUUUGUUGCAGAUCCUGUGUUCAUGUGAUGAACAUAAACUUUUUGUCAUUUAUUUAAAGUAAUUCUUUUUUUUUUUUUGGAAUUUAAGAUUUUAAUUAAAAUAUUUUGCAUUCCUCCCAUUUGUGAACAGAGAAUUAUCAUCUUUGUAAUAAAUAAUGACCGAAAACUG